AUGCAGGUGGAGAAAGACGGCUGCACAAAGAGAAGCAGCCCUGGUCGGGGUGAGACGGGAGAGGCAGAAACCGAGGACCAGGAGGAGGACGAGACGGGUGGGAGAGAAAGGAGAAGCCAGGGUCAGACAGCGGAGGGGCGGGGAGGGGAGGGGGUGAAGGCCGGGAGCCACCUCAGCGCGACAGGAGUUGUUGGAUGGAGAAGACGGAGGUGGAACCCAGAGCGGCUCCAUGGGUCCAGCAGCGAGGCUACUCGCCUGCCUGGGGAGGGAACGCGGAGGGAGGACUGGAAGCAAAGGACGGGAGGGUAG